AUGGCCUCCGCGGGGUCUGACGUUGCCCAGCUUGCCUCGAAGCUCUAUGAGGCGUGCUUAAACCAAUUCGACUCCGAGCACCUGUUCUACCAAAAUGAUCUGCGGGGAUUGAAUGUCAUUCCCGAUGGCGACAUCCCGCUCCUCCUGAAUUGCACCCAAUCCCUGGUGGAUCAGAAGUUCUUCCGUCUUCUCCAGGACAAAAGUGAUCGACUGGCAUGGAAGGUUGUUCCGCGCGAGGAUGCCGAAAAACUCCGGUCUCUGAGCGCCGAUGAAAGUCUGGUGUACAGUGUCAUCCAGUCCACCGGACGGACAGGCAUCUGGGUGCGCUCGAUUCAAAUGCGCACAAACCUGCACAAAUCAAUUCUCGAUCGCAGCCUCAAAUCCCUCGAGGGCAAGAACUACAUCAAAACCAUCCACAAUGUCAAAUACCCCAGCCGGAAGAUGUACAUGCUGGCCGGCCUGGCCCCUAGCGAGGAGAUCACGGGCGGCGCCUGGUUCACAGACGGCGUACUUGAUGCCAACUUCAUCAACAGUGUGGGAGGCUUCAUCGAAUACACCGUCAGCCGGAAGAGCUGGUACGAGGUGCCCACGGCCGAGCGCGGCCGGGCCAAGCGCCUCAAAACUGCGACAGGUAAAGCGGACGUCAAGUCAGAGCAGCCAGAAAAGGCCUAUCUGCCCUUCCCUGCAGACUACAAGGGAUAUCCGACAGUCGAGAGCAUCACCGCCGCCGUCAACGAGAGCGGAAUCACUCCAGUGCGUAUGUGGGAACAAAGUGUGGUCCAGCUGCUCGAAAUGCUCUCUUACGACAAAAAGCUCGUCGCCCUGAACGACGGGCGGAACUACAGAGCUCUCAAGAAUCCCGAAGCGGUCAAAGCGAGCCAGGCCCGCAAACCCGCUGCCGAGGGUGACGAAGCCGAGGCUGCCAAACACCUGGUCAAAAACGGCAUGACCGAAGCCCCCUGCGGCCAGUGCCCGGUCUUCCGACUGUGCUCGCCGGGUGGCGCUGUGAGCCCCGAGACCUGCGAGUAUUUCGACCCGUGGUUGUCGAACGGCCUUGGUUUCUGA